AUGUGCUAUAAGCUGUUCUUUACUCAUAUUUAUGCGCACAUGGGCUGUGCACUUUUAUUUUGUAUAAAUGUUCUUUUAUUUUAUGAAUGGUUUAUUCUUAACAGCUGGUGCUCAUUCCAUAAUAUCCUGUUUCUUUACGUUCGUUUAUGCAGAAAUAAUUUUAAGCAUAUGAACGAGUCACCGGAUGUGUGCACAGAAAAGUCUCCAGAGUAUGUGAUUGAAUGGGAGAAUAAAGAAAUAGUUGUGAAUAAAAUGAGCAUUUUUCAAAUUAUCAGAAAUAUACGUGAUCCAGAGCACAGCUACACAUUAGAAGAUUUAAAAGUAGUAAGUAUUGACAGAAUAUUCAUAGAUAAAACACCAGCAGGAGAGUUUGUUCGUGUUGUAGUAAUCCCAACUAUUCCACACUGCUCAAUGGUUGGUCUAAUUGGUCUUUCAAUUCUGUACAAGUUAUUUAAUACGCUGAGCAGUAAGUAUAUUGUAAGAGUGGAAGUACAGGAGGACAGCCACACUCUAGCAAAUGAUGUGACGAAACAGCUGUCAGAUAUAGAAAGAACCUAUGCUGCGUUUUUAAACCCAAAUAUUAUAGAAGCAAUAAUUCCACUACUUUAAAUACUCUUGAUAUAAAU